AUGGUUGUACUCGGUUGUCUGUGUGGAGCAGAGUUGAGUGUAAACGAAUGCCAUGACAAAGGAUUUAAUAAGGAUACGUUACAGUGUUCUUCAUGUAGCGAACUAAGCCAGUUUCAUCUAGAUAUGCUUAUAGAGGACUGUAAAAAAUGUUGCAAUCAGGAUGUAGAUGAAGAGAAACAUGAGAAGUAUCCUCUUGCUCAAAUCGAAAUUUGUGAAUGUAACCUCGGUCGUUUUCCUCAAGUACAGGCAUUUGUUAAGUCUGACAUGGUAAGACAGUGGGGACCUCGUGUAAAGGUACGACAUGUAAGAGGAACGUUACCUACUAUUAAAUUGAAGGAUAUCUUUGGAGAGACGCAGCGAACGUUGAAUGUUGAGAAGUGGGACACUGAUACUAUUACCGAGUUUCUAAAUAUGUGGUUAGAAACCUAG